AUCCACUAUUACUGUCCAUCGUGUUUGUUUUACUUGGGGAAAGACAUCACAGAAGGAGAGUGUGAAUCGUGCAAUGAAAUGUAUAACGUUGAAAAUUGUGACGAAAAUGGAAAUUACUUUCUCUAUUUGUCAAUGGAAGAUCAAAUCAAAGAUUUACUUCAGAAUGAGAAGGUAAAGAAACAUCUCACCAAUCGUAAUAAUCGAAGCGAAACUGUUGGUCUGAUUUCAGACGUAACAUCAUCCAUGUUGUACCGUGAAUUACUUGAAAAUCACAACUUUUCGAACAAUGAUUUGUCCUUGACAUGGAAUACUGACGGGAUUCCAGUUUUUGAAUCGUCAUCAUACUCCAUUUGGCCAAUUCAAAGCUCCAUAAACGAAUUACCUCCACAUUUGCGAGGAAAGCACAUUUUAUUGAAUGGCCUUUGGUUUGGUAAUAAAAAGCCUGCUAUGAACACAUUUCUAAAGCCAUUUAUUGAUGAGUGCAAACAUCUUGAAGACCAUGGAUUUACCAUUCAGCGUGAUCUCCAACCAAAGAAAGUUUUUGCAAUGGUUCUAUCUGCUGAUUCACCAGCAAGAGCCAUUGUAAGGAACUGUAAACAGUUCAAUGGUCAGCACGGUUGUGAUUGGUGUGAGUUCGCGGGUGAAACAAUGAACAAUCAUGGUGGUCCUCCAACACGGUAUUACCCAUAUAGAGGCCCCCCUACGUUGCGAACUGCUACAAAACAAGUGAAGUAUGCAAUCGAAUCGAUCGACAAGAAUGAAGUAAUUAAAGGAGUUAAAGGCCCAUCAGUAAUUAGUAUCCUUGCCACCUUUGAUCCAGUGAGGGGAAUUGCUGUCGACUUCAUGCACUGCGUAUGCCUUGGUGUCAUGCGACAAUUUGUUCAUCUAUGGAUGGACACUAAACAACACGAGAAGCCGUAUUACAUUGGCAGAAGGGA